AUGCGUUUUUUCAUACUAUUUUCAAUAUCAAUAUGGGAAUCUUCAAAUCACUUUGAUGAUCCUCGAUUCCGAUGGAAUCUUGUCCCCAAAAAAUUAUUAAAACGGAUUUGCAAUCUCGAUGACUCAUUGCCGUUGUGCGCAUGGAAGCGGCAAUCAUCGUUUAAAAAGUCGACGAAACCGGUGUUCUCGAAAUGGGAAAUCUGUCGGGACCAUCCUGAAUUGAAUCUGUGCCGAUGGCAGAAUGGCGGUUUGAUCACCGAACCAUUGCCGACGGCGACGACGACAGGAAAAAUGGAGAAUUCGGCUGAAGCGCCGCCAACCACUGAAAACGAGCACAUUUUUGUGAAUGAGCCCAAUAUGAUACUUUCCUCAAAAUGGUCCGAUCGAGAAGCUGUUGAGCAAAAUCUGCGAAAAGAGCUCAAUCAGCGAAAUAAUCGAUUUGACGGCCAACUUCGUCAUAUUCCUGAAAUCGGAUCGCAAGAAUCAAUAGAAAAUUUCGACGAAUCAAUCAUGUCAGCCAAUGAAGAUGUUUUCAGUAUUUAA